AUGAACGACGCCGCCGCCCCCAACGCUGCCGAAUACCCUGCCUCGUCCACGUACGCCGACUCGUGGGGGUCCGGCGGAAACGCAGAAGACCUCGAGAUCGACCAGGAGGAGACGCAGUGGGAGCAGGACUCGGAGGGUGCCCUGGUCAUCCCCAAAGUCGAGGCCGACGAAGACAUUCCCCUCGACCACGUCAAGCCGGUGCCCACGACCGACAGCACGGCAAGCCCGGCCAAAGUGAAGCGACCCAGGGGCCGUCCGAGGAAGCACCCACUCGUGUCCGUCGUCAGCGCCACAAAAGUCACAAAAGGACGCUCCAAGACGGGCUGCAUCACAUGCAGGAAGCGCAAGAAGAAGUGCGAUGAGGCCAAGCCAAGGUGUAUGAACUGCGAGAAGAACGCAGUGGUCUGCGAGGGCUAUCACGAGAAGCAGGUCUGGCGCAGCGGCAAGGAGAGGGCCGAGCAGGAGCGCAUCGAGCAGACGGCCAGCAUCACCAACUUUCCCCUUUUCCACGGCGUCGAAACGACAGAGGACCGCAUCUUCUGGAAGCACUAUGUCAGCAACCUCAGCAACCUGCUCACCGUCGAGGGCGAGUCGAAGAAUGCGUUCAAGGACAUUAUUCUGCACCUCGCCAACCGACACCAGGGCCUCAUGCACUCGAUCCUCUCCAUCAGCAGCAAACAUAUUGACUGGGACGCGCCGUACGGGAAGAAAAUGCUGGACGAGAAUCCGACGAAUCUGUUUGCGUUGCAGGAACGAUCCGUCUACCACCACGACGAGGCCAUGAAGCGGUUCUGGGAGGACAUGAGCCACACAGUCGACCGAAACGACCCGCAUUACGAAUCGGAAGAGUACCAGACCACGCUGUGCGCCCGAUACGGACAGAUCAUGUGCCGCGUUCUGCAGACGAGGAUCGAGGGCAACAACAGCGGCGAGCACCGACUUCAUCUCAAGGGCUACCAGGCGCUCAUCGCGGACUCGCCACCACUCGACCCGACCUUUUAUACUUUCAUCACCGAGUUCUUUCAAUAUCACAUCUACGCCGACGACCUCUUGUGGCACCCGGACACGAGCCCGGAAAGGUUGUCCUCGGAGGACUGGCGACCCGUCGCUCCCAUCCAGCCCCAGCGGCUCGUGGGCGUCUCGGACGGCCUGCUGCACUGGCUGGCCGUGGUGAGCGGCUUGCGGGUCGUCAUCCGCCAGAACAUGAUCAUGGGCACCACGGAGCCGCCCGUCGACUACAUGAUGCUCUUCAGAGCCGCUGAAAUUAACAGCGCUAUACAGGAGUGGCAGCCAGAAUGGCCGGCCACCGAUAGCAGGCACAGGAUCUGCCUGCUCUACAAGCAGACCAUGUUCAUCUACCUCUUUAGGACCAUUUACCCGCCAUCGGCGACGCCGCAGUCCACCGUCAGCGGGCUGUCCUCGACGCCUUCGUCAUCCUCCUCCACGCCCCAACGCAGGGCGUCCAUGGCGGCGAGCGUCGUAUCCACCGCAUCAGCACCCAUGUCGAGUUCCACCUACAACAGCUACCCGCCGCACAGGGGCCCGACACGACACAGCUCGAUGCACGAAUACGACUCCCGCGGCUACGCCUCCUCGAGGGGGUCCUCGCCACAGAACAAGAAACGCGCCGUGCUCGAUGACCCAAGACUGAUCAGCGCCGUCGACGAGUCCCUGAGUCUCCUCGAGUCCUUUGGACCCUCGGACCCGGCGCAGACCCUGCUGCUCAUCCCGUGCAUGCUCGUCGGCGUGGCGUGCUUCGACCCGGAGCGACGCGAGAGGCUGCGCAAGGCGCUGCGCGCCGUACGCGGCUACACGGGCAUGCGCAACUGCGACCGCAUCCUCGAACUGCUCGGCGGCGUGUGGGCCCUCAUGGACGACAGCGAGUGGGUGGCCGUCUGGGACUGGCAGGCCGUCGCGCGGCGCAUGGGCGUGGAUGUUCUCUGCGCGUAA